AUGUCCGCUUUUUUAGGUCAGCCGUUCCGAUCAGUGAUCAGCGAGGAACAUGCAUCUUUCAAGCCACCAGGAACCAAUCUGCCAGACGACGUCCAAAGUGUCACGACGAGUGAUAAAAUAUGGCUGCUUCCACCAGGCAGAUUGAUGGGACAGCGGGACCCCGUAUUUGUUGCAGAAUUUUCUCCUCCAGCGAGCACAACCAAGCGGGUCUCUUUCGGUGCCAGAACACGAGGGCCGCAAAAGAACUCGACGUGA